AUGAUAAUUUAUUUGCUAUGUGUUAUAGGACUACCUUUGGGAUAUUUAAACGCUAGUUUUUUACACAAUGUAAUUAAUGAAGAUGUGGAAACGGAAAUUAGUGAUUGGAGUGAAGCCAAAACUGAUGGAAAAACUCGAAUUAUCGAUUUCUUAAUUGGGUUUGAUUCUUCUUUAACCAGGUAUUAUAAUUAUGAUGAGGAAUUGAUCAAGUCAGCAACUGUUACAUUAGCUCAUACAAUUAAUCAGUAUUUUUAUCCGCUCAACAUAAAAGUGUCAAUUGUGGACAUUGUGCCAAUUAAAGGAACAAACAUGGGACUGGAUGACUUCAUUGAGUGGAGAAAAGAGCAGAGCAACAUUGUUACGCAUGACGUUGUGGUUCUUCUACGCCAUAACUACGAAGGAGGAAUAGCUUACGGAAACGGUAUUUGCACAAAAAAUAGUCUAAUAAUCUCGGGGUUUUUUCCUGAAUCAACAAUGAACAAUGCAUGGGUGCUCAUACAUCAAAUUGCCCACGUCGUUGGAUUGACUCACACGCAAAAGUUUGAUUGUCAUUGUAGCGAGUCAGUUCCCGAGAAAUGUUUGAAAAUAAGAGGUUUCCCUCCAUGCAGCGUUCAGGGAAUGGUUGACAAAAUGCAGAAGCAUCAAUGCCUCUUGGAAGAAAACUCAACAAUUGCGAGCAGUUUGACAGUUAGACGGUCAUCGUUGCCCAUUUGUGGUAAUGGAUUACUGGAAAAAAAUGAACAAUGUGAUUGUGGACCUGAAAAGUAUUGUGAUAACGUCUUAUGUGAUCCACACCGAUGCCAGUUCAUUCUCGAGAAGAAAAUAAUCAAUUUUGUAAUAACAUUUUCUGUAGCGUUACUAUGUUUUAUAGCUUUAUUAAUCACAUGGUCUGGUUGCUAUACUGAGCCUUCUGAUUAUUUAUUUAUUAUCAAAUCGUCUUAUUACAACACCGAGGAUCAAUGGAAAAUUGUGAAAGAGGCAACCAGUAAAGUUGCAAGUUUGUUAGACAUUGGAAGAUCGGAACAAAGUUCCAGAAUGGCCGUAGCUCUUUUUGAUAAUUUCAAUCCACCUAAGCUUGUUAUCGAUUUUCAAACAUAUGGUCGUUCUUCUGACUUAAAAACUGCAUUAUACAAUCUUCCACUGCUUCCGUGUGGAUCUUGGUGUAGCGGACAGCAGCAAAAAUCAGAUAUUGAGCAACUGAUUGGAAUUAUGCCAAGAGUCAACUUUACAAGGCACACACAUAUAAUUUUGAUAGCUUCACAUUACCUUGAUACUACCCAGCUUCAGUUUUUGUUCAGUACAGGGGCAAUGCCUGUGAUUCAACAGUUCUUGUUGCCACAGACAAGCAGAAUUGUCACAUAUGAUUCACCGUAUUAUAACUAUUUCUAUGCCUAUUAUGACCAAUACAGAAGUUGGGCUGAAAAGACGUGUUAUGAAAUCAUUGGUUGCCAGGAGUGUAUGCAUUCAAUUCAAACUUCAUCAAUUAUCGAUAAACCCAACGAAAUUGUAACUGUCCAUUCUGGUGAUUCAUCGAAGUGGAAAGACAGCUCCUUGAAAGAAUUUCCGGUAAAUCUAUUAGAAACAUCGAGUGCCGCUUCUUCAACUCAUCCUACAACCGAUAUGGAUUAUGAAUACGAAAUAACCGCCGAUCCACCAGGAAUGAAAAUCAAUAAAACGCCAUUGAAAGAUUCUGUUAAAGAAAACAAUGUCGAAGACUUUGAAAUAAUUUAA